GCGCGCCAGCAGCGGCGGUGGUGGCGGCGACUCUUGGGGGGCGGGGAACUUUGGCCAAGGCGGCGGUGGCGACUUAGACACCGCAACUGGCGGCGUUUUUGCAGCUCCUGCUGCUGCUCGACGCACGGCCAGCUUUCUACUUCGAAACGAAACGCUCAGCGUGGCGGGCCACGCCCGGAAAGUUUGCCGAAGAGCCACGACCUCCUGGCCGGCGCGGCCCGGCAUGAAGCGGCGCUGAGGAGCCCGCUGCCGCCGCCGCCGCCGCCGCCGCCUGAGGAGGAGCCGCGGCAUUCCGGGCCACGCCGAUGACUACUGCAAACUGUGGCACCCACGACGAGCUCGACUUCAAACUCGUCUUUGGCGAGGACGGGGCGCCGCCGCCGCCGCCCCCAGGCUCGCGGCCUGCAGAUCUUGAGCCAGAUGAUUGUGCAUCCAUUUACAUCUUUAAUGUAGAUCCACCUCCAUCUACUUUAAAUUCACCACUUUGCUUACCACAACAUGGAUUACCGUCUCACUCUUCUGUUUUGUCACCAUCAUUUCAGCUCCAAGGUCACAAAAACUAUGAAGGAACUAGUGACGUUCCUGAAUCUAAAUACAGCCCAUUAGGUGGUCCCAAACCCUUUGAGUGCCCAAGUAUUCAAAUUACUUCCAUCUCUCCUAACUGUCAUCAAGAAACAGAUGCACAUGAAGAUGAUCUACAGAUAAAUGACCCAGAAAGGGAAUAUUUGGAGAGGCCUUCUAGAGAUCAUCUCUAUCUUCCUCUUGAGCCAUCCUACCGGGAGUCUUCCCUUAGUCCUAGUCCUGCCAGCAGCAUCUCUUCUAGGAGCUGGUUCUCAGAUGCAUCUUCUUGUGAAUCUCUUUCACACAUUUAUGAUGAUGUGGACUCGGAGUUGAAUGAAGCUGCUGCCCGAUUUACUCUUGGAUCCCCUCUGACAUCUCCAGGUGGUUCUCCAGGAGGCUGCCCUGGAGAAGAGUCCUGGCAACAACAGUAUGGACUUGGACACUCCUUGUCACCCAGGCAAUCUCCUUGCCACUCUCCUAGAUCUAGUAUCACUGAUGAGAAUUGGUUGAGCCCCAGGCCAGCCUCAGGACCCUCAUCAAGGCCCACUUCACCCUGUGGGAAACGGCGGCACUCCAGUGCCGAAGUUUGUUAUGCUGGAUCCCUAUCACCCCAUCACUCACCUGUUCCUUCUCCUGGACACUCCCCUAGGGGAAGUAUAACAGAAGAUACCUGGCUCAAUGCUUCUACCCAUGGUGGAUCAGGCCUUGGCCCUGCACUUUUUCCAUUUCAGUACUGUGUAGAGACUGAUAUCCCUCUGAAAACAAGGAAGACUUCUGAAGAUCAAGCUGCCAUACUACCAGGAAAAUUAGAGCUCUGUUCAGAUGAUCAAGGAAAUUUAUCACCAUCCCGGGAGACUUCAGUAGAUGAUGGCCUUGGAUCUCAGUAUUCUUUAAAGAAAGAUUCAUCUGGUGACCAAUUUCUUUCAGUUCCUUCACCCUUUACCUGGAACAAACCAAAGCCUGGCCACACACCUAUAUUUCGCACAUCUUCAUUACCUCCACUAGACUGGCCUUUACCAUCCCACUUUGGACAGUGUGAACUGAAAAUAGAAGUGCAACCUAAAACUCAUCAUCGAGCCCAUUAUGAAACAGAAGGUAGCCGAGGGGCAGUAAAAGCAUCUACUGGGGGACAUCCUGUUGUGAAGCUCCUGGGCUAUAGUGAAAAGCCGAUAAAUCUACAGAUGUUUAUUGGAACAGCAGAUGAUCGAUACUUACGACCUCAUGCAUUUUACCAGGUGCAUCGAAUCACUGGAAAGACAGUUGCUACUGCAAGCCAAGAGAUAAUAAUUGCCAGUACAAAAGUUCUAGAAAUUCCACUUCUUCCUGAAAAUAAUAUGUCAGCCAGUAUUGACUGUGCAGGUAUUUUGAAACUUCGAAAUUCAGAUAUAGAGCUUCGAAAAGGAGAAACUGAUAUUGGCAGAAAGAAUACUAGAGUACGACUUGUGUUUCGUGUACACAUCCCACAGCCCAAUGGAAAAGUCCUUUCUCUGCAGAUAGCUUCUAUACCUGUUGAAUGCUCCCAGCGAUCUGCUCAAGAACUUCCUCACAUUGAGAAAUACAGUAUCAACAGUUGUUCUGUAAAUGGAGGCCAUGAAAUGAUUGUGACUGGAUCUAAUUUUCUUCCAGAAUCUAAAAUAAUUUUUCUUGAAAAAGGACAAGAUGGACGACCUCAGUGGGAGGUAGAAGGGAAAAUAAUAAGGGAAAAAUGUCAAGGGGCUCACAUUGUCCUUGAAGUUCCUCCGUAUCAUAACCCAGCAGUUACAGCUGCAGUGCAGGUGCACUUUUAUCUUUGCAAUGGCAAGAGGAAAAAAAGCCAGUCUCAACGUUUUACUUAUACACCAGUUUUGAUGAAGCAAGAACACAGAGAAGAGAUUGAUUUGUCUUCAGUUCCACCUUUGCCUGUGCCUCAUCCUGGCCAGACCCAGAGGCCUUCCUCAGAUCCAGGGAACCCACGUGACUUUUUACUGUCAGCACCGAGAGGCUUGGUUUGUCCCAUUCAGCAAGCAUAUGCCUCUAUGGUAACCUCAUCCCAUCUACCACAGUUGCAUUGUAGAGAGGAGGGAGCAGGUAAAGAGCAGCAUAUGCUACCUUCUUCAGUUGUGCACCAGCCUUUUCAAGUUACACCAACAUCUCCUGUGGGGUCUUCCUAUCAGUCUAUGCAAACUAAUGUUGUGUAUAAUGGACCAACUUGUCUUCCUGUUAAUGCUGCCUCUAGUCAAGAAUUUGAUCCAGUUUUGUAUCAGCAGGAUGCAGCUCUUCCUAAUUUAGUAAAUCUUGGCUGUCAACCGUUAUCAUCCAUACCAUUUCAUUCUUCAAAUGCAGGCUCAACAGGGCAUCUCUUAGCACAUACACCUCAUUCUGUGCAAACCUCGCCUCAUCUGCAAUCAAUGGGAUACCAUUGUUCAAAUAUAGGACAAAGACCUGUUUCUUCUCCGGUGGCUGACCAAGUUAUUAGUCAGCCUUCCCCUCAGUUGCAGCAUAUAACAUAUGGUCCUUCACAUUCAGGGUCUGCUACAACAGCUUCCCCAGCAGCCUCUUGUUCCUUGGCUAGUUCACCACUUUCUGGGCCACCGUCCCCUCAGCUUCAGUCUAUGCCUUAUCAAUCUCCUAGCUCAGGAACUGCCUCAUCACCAUCUCCAGCCACCAGAAUACAUUCUGGACAGCACUCAACUCAAGCACAAAGUACAGGUCAGGGAGGUCUUUCUGCACCUUCAUCUAUAAUAUGUCACAGUUUGUGCGAUCCAGCAUCAUUUCCACCUGAUGGGACAACUGUGAGCAUUAAGCAUGAACCUGAAGAUCAGGAACCUAACUUUUCAACCAUUGGUCUACAAGACAUCACUUUAGAUGAUGAGCAGUUUAUGUCUGACUUGGAACACCAGCCAUCAGGUUCAGCAGAGAAAUGGCCUAACCACAGUGAGCUCUCAUGUCCAGCUCCUUUCUGGAGAAUCUAGAGGUAAACGAGAUAAUUGGGAGAGACAUGUCCCAGAUUUCUGUUUCCCAAGGCUCAGAGGCGAGCAGAGUCACUCCCAUCCUCGAUCCUGAGUCCCUGGAUUUAGGAAGAUCUGAUGGGCUCUAACAGUUCUCACUGCAGCCUGGUAUCCACCAACUUCUCAGCACGUUGCUCUCUUGGACCUUGGGUUUCCAACUUUUUGGCCUUCAGGACUGGUGCCAGGAGUUGGAUUCACCACUGUGGGGAAAAGCAGCAUUCCUCCACCUCAGGCCUUGGAUAGAUUUUGUAAAAGAACAGGAGCAGUAUAGGUUAUAUUUGAACUGUGGGGAAGAGAGCUUUGCAUUUUUUAUAUUUAAAUAGGAUACUUUUUAUAUGAUGGGUGCUUUGAGUGUGAAUGCAGCAGGCUCUCCAUUUCAGAGAUGCUGCUUUUGCAGGUGAUCUUGUUGUGUAACUAGGAUUGGUAAUUUGUACUGUUUUCCUGGUCAUUUGAAGGGCCCCUUAGUUUUGAUGAUAUUUUUAAAAUAGGAACUUUUGAUAAAACCUUCCAGAGGCAAAUAGCAACAACAACAAAAAUUAUCCUAAGCCCAUACCAAUGCCUCAGAAAUUUGGCAUGUGUCCUGAAGCCUUUCAUAGAUUCAUAGGAAAUAAAGCCAAAUGUAGCUCAUACUCUUUAUAAAAGUAAACUAUUAGAAAAAUGAGACCAUUCCAUCAUUGAAGUGUUGGAAUAUAAAGACAUUCCAGAGCAUAGCCUUUUUGUAACUUUAUAGGUAAUCUUCCUGCAGUCUCUCCAUGCUGACUCCAUGUUGAAACUGCUUUUUCCCCUCAGGACCAUGGGUAAGAUGGCUACUUACAGGUGACUCUGAAAGGUGAAGUAUUAGCUAGGUAAUUUUCAGUUCCUGACAUUCUAAAAACUAGCAGUCAGUAAAAGUGCUCUUCCCAUUUGUGUUUCCUGGCCCCAAAACCUUUUCCAAGUGGGAGCUUCUGCUUUUAGUUUGUUCUUGUCACCAUUGAAGCAAGUCUCCUCCUGAUGGUUCAGACGGCUUUGCAGUUUUCUUUUCUAGAGCCUAGGCAAGCUAUGUCAGGAGCUGAGCAUAACUGACCUAUGCAUCAGGAUGAACAAAGAAAAUGCAGGACUCUAUAUGGAAAGGCUUUAAGAUUCUCACUAGCAUAGGUUUGUCCUCCGUUCUGUUUACAGCCUAAAAUGACUUUAGCCUAACCUGUCCUGUGUGGGUGACCUAAAACCUAAAACCCAGCCUUUUUUUCUAAAAGGCUUUGAGGUACAUCCAAAAAAUGAGAUGGCAUCAUAGAACUGACCCUCCAAACCAAAGACGCCCUGGUGCUGUUGCUGGUGAGACUGGCAUCCAAAGCAGGGGCUAGCACAAACUCCAGCCUGCUGUCUACCAAAGGAGGUACCCAAGGUGGGUACUUUUUUUAAACCCCACUUCAUAUCCCUCCCUCCAGUGGGAUUCACUAAUUGUUUCUGGGCCUAUUUCAGAGCCCUUGAAAUUUUCAUUAUGUUUUUAAAUUAAAUAAUGUACUUUCAUUUAUUCAGGAAGCAAAUUUUUUGAGUGCCUACAUGUAAGACAGUGUACUGGGCAGAUUGAAGUUAUUAUUGAUGUUGUUAUUCCAGUGGAUUGUAGGUCAUAGAUGCCAGGACUCUUCUGAGGCUAAGUCAGACCUGAGCAAGGGGCUGGCUUGUUGCCUGCCACCUGCAGGGUAGGAGCUACUGACCUAAAAUGAGAAAGUAUGGUCUUUUGUUGUUGUUUAAACAUCAUGGGUUUCUCCCUUAAAACUAGUUAGAGAAACAGCAUCUAAUCCUUUAGCAAAUCACUGUAGCCUCUCUGGGAGCUGGGUGUUUUCAAAUUUUAUUUGAAAGUAAAUUUUGUGUCAGCAUGGGUAUAGUGAGAUUUGCUUUAGGGCCUGUGGUUGGAAGCUCUUCACUUCCUUUGGAGGGAAAGGGGGUUGGCCGCUCAGGUGAAAUUUCAGAGACAUGGCCAGACUUGCUGUACCCUCUUGCCCCAGGGUAGCUGCCUCAUGUGGGGUCCUUGCAAGACCCUUUUGCGGGUUGCUUUGCUGCACUCAAGAAGAAAAGCCUCUAUGAUCCAGAAUUGCUAUGCACCAAAUUUUUGAUGCCUUUUAAAUACCUUGAUGCCUGUAGCAUUAGAAAUGCUUUCCUAUUUAAAAUAAAAGUUAAAUUUUAAAAUAGA